GUCUCUGUUGCUAGCAGGAUCCCAGUGAGGGAAGUCAGCAGGGUGGCUUAUUCAAUGCAAGUGAUUUCAAUGCAAGUGAUUCAGCAUCUCUGGUGUCACUGAGUCUGGCCCCAAAGGGGGUGAGGGGGUAUUGGAUGGUAUGUUUGACAUCCCUCAAUUUGAAAGCCUCGCUCAAUGGUCUCUCGACACAGGCGAUGUGUGUCUAUGUGUGUUUAUGCAGGCACUGUAUCUAUGGGAGAUGCAGUAAUGCAGAGCCAGCGUGUGACUUUAUUUUUAAACUUGUGUGUUGCAGAGUGGACGCUCAUGCUCAGUUGUAUGCCUCUGCGAGAGGCAACAGUUGUUUUGGCUUUCCACUCCUGCGAUUGUAGUGUUAUGCUCUGAGAACUCAAGGUGAAAAAAAAAGGCUGCACGUUAUCAGUUCUGCAGGAUUUCCUCUUUCUGCACACACAGGAAAGAGGGGUGCUAACGUAGGAAGUUUCACAGCCAAUAGGGUAACUCUGUUACAUUUGUGCAAGCUUUGUUAUCGAUCGUGCUGAUAAAAAGUGGAGUUAGUACUGAGCGCAUAUAUUCAGUGCAAAUACUGUAAAUACCAGAUGGCCAUCCACACAGUAUCAUUUUGAUGGAUGUUUUCAAGAUACGAAGCAGGAAGCUGUGCAGCGCUUUCAGACCGGAGCUCUGGAGAGAAACAUGGAGGUUUUACCAAUGAGAGGCCUUCUUAGGCUUGGGUAGGGAAUUUGGAAACCGAAAGCUAUAUUAUUUCCUUCCUCUUUUAUAUUUCCUCGCCGAUUGCCUUGAGCAGAGCAAGGCAGUCUCCCUCGUAAGCGGCAGACAACAUUUUUUGGGUCGAAUUGUUUCAUGGGACUUAUUCUCCUCGAUCAAACUAGGACACAUCAGGCCAGAGUCACAAUCCAGCUAACACCGUCUUUCCUUUAUAAACUCAGGUAUCAACCAAUUCUUCUGCAUGUUUGUGUUACCUGUGAUUUUAAGAAGUGUGCCAUUUCUCUGGCUGGAACAGCAGGAAGAUAGAACAUCAGAAAGUAGUUGCUGAAUGUUUCUGGUUCUUGCCUUUCAAUCCAGAACCACUAAGUAUAUAAGCCAAGACAAUAACACUGGACUGCCUAAGUUGGGUUCCACCACUGAAACUCCUGGUGCUGACGCCUAUCACCGGACUGCCUUUUCCCCAGGGCACUGACUGUACACCAAUCGACCUACCUCAUAACAUCCAGUCAUGCUCUUCAAGAGGAAGUUGUGCUUGUUUUCUCUGGUCGGUGGGAUUCUCUUUGUCAUGAUCACCAUUCAGAAGAACAACAUCCUGUCUAUGACUUUGACGCAGACCCAUACCAACUCCAGGACUGUGCCAGGCACCGCUGUUAACCGAACACGGGCAACACCCAGUCCAGACAGGAUAUGCGGGUGCCAGUCCUGCAUAGCGGACAUGAAGGUUUCUGCGUGGUUCGCUCAGCACUACGACCCCCAGCAGCAGCCCUUCCUCACAGACGGAGACAACAACAUGGACCCCCUGGCCCUGAAGUGGUGGCUGGCUUUGCAGCGGUCCACCGACGAGCGUACGAUAUACGAGGUGAUCCAGAAGAUGUUCCAGGUCAUCGCUCCCCCCGCCAGGAAUGUCCAGCCCAAACAAGCUCAAUGCAGGAAGUGUGCAGUGGUGGGGAACUCAGGAAACCUGCUGGGCUCUCAAUAUGGCUCCUUGAUAGACUCCCAUAACAGCGUCAUAAGAAUGAAUAAAGCCACCACAUCAGGGUUCGAGGCGGACGUGGGCAACAGAACGACACACCACUUCAUGUACCCUGAGAGUGCAGUGGACAUCGGCCCUGGGGUCCACCUCGUCCUGCUGCCCUUUAAACUCCGCGAUCUACAGUGGGUAGCCAGCGCCCUGUCGACGGGAGAGAUCAAAACGACAUACAUGAGGGUGAAAGAUCGAGUACAGGCUGACAAGGAUAAGGUAAUGGUGAUGAAUCCAGCAUUCUUUAAGUACACCCACGACCGGUGGACAGAGCGCCAUGGCAGAUACCCAUCCACGGGCAUGCUGGCCAUAAUAUUUGCCCUGCACAUCUGUGAUGAGGUGUCGGUAUUUGGCUAUGGAGCAGAUCAACAUGGGAACUGGCAUCACUACUGGGAGGAAAACAAGUACGGCGGCGCGUUUAGGAAAACCGGAGUCCACCAUGCUGACUUUGAGACGAAGGUUAUCCAAAAGCUUGACGCAGAGGGCAAAAUUAAGCUGCACAGGAGAUGAGAAUGAGCGGUGGUGGUGUGUACAGGAUGAAACCAUUAGAGUGUAGUGGUCUGGUGGUCAGAGACAAUCAAAUAUGUGCCCUGCUCUCUGCAACUAGUGCCUAUGAUCAACACAAACAACCAAAACCACAAACGGGAGUCCUCAAACCACAACAAAAACUUGAAUCAUGUACAUUUUAUUGUGUUACAGCCUCAGAGAUCUACAGACAGUUGUGGGGUCUUAUAUAGACAGAUGUGUUUCUUUCUAAAUCCUGAAUUGGCCACAGGUUGACUUCAAUCAAGUUGUACUGACAUCUCAAGGAUGAUCAAAAGAAAUUGGAUGCACUGGAUGCCCCUGAGCUCAAUUUGGAGUUUCAAAGCAAAACGGUGUGAAUACUUAGUGUCUUCGGAAAGUAUUCAGACCCCUUGACUUUUUCCACAUUUUGUUAUCAAUCUACACACAAUACCCCAUCAUGACAAAGCAAAAACUGUUUAUUAGACAUUUUUGCAAAUGUAUAAAAAAUAAAACAGAAAUAUUACAUUUACAUAA